AUGGAUUUAAAGGACAAUUUUACCGAUUUCACACUUGCAUCAAAUUAUGUGAUGCAGCUGGCGAUCGAUGAAUACCAAACCGAUCGCAACUGGACACGACUGCUCGACCGAUACUGGAAUCUUGUGGAGGAGUUAAUCGGAGAUCCGAGGGCGAAGCAUCUCCCAUUCAUGGACAAUCCGCUGCCAACGCUUGGGAUGAUACUGACCUAUCUCGUCUGGGUGCUUAUCAUCGGUCCGACGUACAUGCGUGACCGGAAACCGAUGCAGCUGACCAACACCCUCUUCUACUACAACCUUUUCCAGGUCGUCCUCAGUGGGUAUAUGUUUUACGAGCACCUAAUGGCGGGAUGGGCCCGAGGAUACAGCUUAACAUGCCAACCAGUUGACUACAGUGACGAUCAUCUUUCCAGAAGGAUGUUUAACUUGUGCUACAUCUACUACCUUUCCAAGCUAUCCGAGUUUGCGGACACCAUCUUCUUCGUUUUGCGUAAGAAAAAGUCACAAAUUUCCUACUUACAUCUAUACCACCAUUCGCUCACCCCGAUCGAAGCCUGGAUCCUCACCAAGUUCCUGGCAGGUGGUAAUGCGACGCUACCCAACAUAAUCAACAACCUUGUCCACACACUUAUGUACUUCUACUACAUGCUCUCCGCGAUGGGACCACGCUAUCAGAAGUAUCUGUGGUGGAAGAAAUAUAUGACCGAGAUUCAGAUAGCUCAGUUUGUUAUCUGCAUCGGGCACGCUAUCAACGCCUUGUUGACGGACUGUGCCUUCCCGAAAUUCAUCACAUUGCUGCUGCUGGGAAACGCGAGCAUUUUCUUCGUUCUGUUCAUGAACUUCUACCUGGAGAACUACCGGAAGCAAACAGACGUAAAAACAGAGCCGGAGUCAACAGCAAAGAUACAGGAGAUGGCCGUUGCUAGCACAUUCCAUGAGCAACAGCAGGAGGUGACAGCGCUUCUAAAUAAGGAACACUGA